CGCGCAUACUACCAUGAAGAGAUUCCUCGACAAGGUCAAGGAAAAGGCAUUCUUUGACGACCCACCUUCGACAAAUGGAUCAUCACAUAACCCCAGAGUAGAGGCAGCACCACCACCUCUGCGGCAAGAUCAGCCAGGAACUAUUCAACCCGUCACGUCACAAGAUGUUGUAAGAUAUCGAUACCAUCACGGAUGCAACAUUGGCAGCAUCUUCCGAUGGCUCACGCCAAGCAUGUUUGCCGAAGGCCACCAAGGCUCGAGCGAACUCGCAGCUGCUGAGACCUGGGUGAAGCAACUGGGCAUGGACGGCGCACGGCAGCGUUUUGAGCACCAUUGGAGAGACUACGUCAGUGAUGCAGACCUGGACUGGCUACGAGAUGUUGCAAAAUGCACCACGAUCCGGUUGCCCAUAGGCUUCUACGAUCUUGGCCCACGAUUCUGCGAGAAGUCAGCAUUCAAGAAUGUCGCGCCGGUAUAUGUGAAUGCCUGGCAAGCAAUCAAAGACCUCAUACAGCGCUGCCAUUGUCGUGGUAUUGGCGUGUUGAUUGAUGUGCAUGCUCUACCCGGAGGCGCGAAUGGUGGCGAACAUUCGGGAACGAACAGCGGCAAAGCAGAGUUCUAUCACUCGAGAAAGUACACCAAGUUGGCGACAGAGUGCAUCUGCUUUAUUGCACAAGACACUCGAGGUAUCGGCGGCAUUGCUGGCAUUCAGAUUGUCAACGAGGCAGAGUGGGACGCUCCGGGCUUAUACGACUGGUACUCGGAUGUGUUGAACGAAGUGUCGCAGAUCGAUACUGCUGUUCCGAUAUACAUUUCCGACGGAUGGGACCUUGGCCGCGGCGCAGCAUGGGCUCAGUCCAGGAAUGCGGUCAGCAAUCGGCACAGCAAUCCAGUCGUUGUGGACACCCACCUUUACUGGUGCUUCACAGAUGCCGACCAGCAGAAGUCGCCUCAACAAAUCACCGGCGAAGUUUGGAGCAAGCUGAGCGAGCUGGAAAUCAAAGACGGAAGUGUGCACGACCGUGGCGCAGUCCAAGCUAUCAUCGGAGAGUACAGCUGUGUACUUGGAGAUGCUUCUUGGGCCAAAGGUGGCGGCGAGCCAAAGGAGCAGCUUGCCCGGGCUUUUGGCAAUGCUCAGUCGCAGCGAUACCAGCAACGCGCAGGCGGCAGCUUUUUCUGGACAUAUCGCAUGGACUGGAUGGACGGAGGUGAAUGGGGAUUCAAGCAGAUGACGAAUCAGCAUGCUAUCAUACCGCCUGCCUCACUGAUGGCAUCCGACAUUCAAGGUCGAAUCGAGAACGCUCAAGGGCAAAGGGAUUUCCGGCGAGGCAGCACUUGGGGUUGCCAUUGUUCGUACUGGGAUGGAAAUCAUCCCGGCGAGUAUGAGCACUGGCGUUUCGAGGCGGGAUGGAACGUUGGGUGGAAUGAUGCGAUGGCCUUCUUCCAAGCGCGCAGCCAGAGUGGCCACGAAGGUGGUGACAAGAUUGGCAUGCUCGACUUGUGGGUUCUGAAGCGCAUUCGUGAGUCUGGUCAAGGCGGCAAGUUCAUCUGGGAGUUUGAACAGGGUCUCAGACAAGGCGUCAGGGACUUCUACGAAUGUGUCGGUGUUUGAUGUGACUGGUGCCAAGGCGUUUCAUAAGCCUGAGGGAGAUCCUGACAUGGCUGAUCAAACAUGCGUUCGAAACUCCUAAAGACGAGGAGAAGGUACCUGGUAGUAUAGAUGUUGAGCGUUGUGCAUAGAAGUAGAGUAGCGGCGGCGUGUCAGGUUACAGACCUAGUCGCAAAGGAGGUACAGAUGUUCCUUUGUGCGUUUC